UGUGUGAUUUUUUUUUGUAAGGACAUUAUAAAUCCAGGGGAGCAAAGCAUAGGAAAGGGAGAAAAAUUCAUAGCAAUAAACAACAACAAUAAUAAUAAAAGAAAGGUGGCGUAGAGGAUAGGAGGAGAACAAAGGUCGCGUCUCGAAGGUUCUUGCCUUGUUGGGAAAGGGAUGGCGUCGGAGGUGGAGGACGACGCGGCGGCCGCGGGGGCGCCGCUGGUCGCCAACGGUGCAGCCGACGUCCGCCGGAGGAGGGAUCAGGCGAAGGCGAUUCUGUCCAAGCAGGCCGUCAAGAUCGCCACCAAGGCCGAGCAGCACGACAGCUUCAUCUUUAAGGUCACACACUUGCUGGGUGUUCUUGGAUUUGGGGGAUUUUGCUAUCUCUUGGGUGCCAGACCACAGGAUGUGCCAUAUGUGUACUGCCUAUUCUAUAUCAUAUUCGUUCCGCUCCGCUGGAUUUACUACCGCUACAAGAAAUGGCAUUACUAUCUCCUGGACUUCUGCUACUAUGCCAACACCUUUCUCCUUGUAAUGAUUCUCUUCUAUCCAAAGGAUGAAAAACUUUUCAUGGUUUGCUUCUCGUUUGCAGAGGGUCCGCUUGCUUGGGCAUUAAUUGUGUGGCGUUGCAGCUUGGUUUUUAGUUCAUUUGACAAACUUGUUAGUGUCCUGAUACAUCUCUUACCUGGGAUUGUUCUAUUCACUAUCCGGUGGUGGAAUCCACAAACAUUUGCUGCCAUGCACCCAGAAGGAAGAGAUGCCAGAGACACAUGGCCAUAUGUGGAGCACAAAUCAUAUCUGUGGACAUGGCUCUUUUUUGUUCCACUAGCUGCUUACACCCUGUGGCAACUUAUGUAUUUCCUCAUAGUUAAUGUCCUGCGUCGACAGAGGUUGUUAAGGGACCCUGAAGUCAUGACAUCCUACAGGGAGCUCUCAAAGAAAGCACAGAAAGCGAACAACAUCUGGUGGAGGCUGAGCGGACUGCUGGGUGACCGGAACCGGCAGGUCAUGUACAUACUACUCCAGGCGCUGUUCACAGUGGCAACAAUGGCCCUGACCGUCCCUAUAUUCCUGUCGUACCGGAUGCACGUGGUGUUCCUGAUACUCAAGGUGUGCGCGUCGACAUGGAAUGGUGGCAGCUUCAUCUUGGAGGUGAUGCCUCGACAAGUAGUACAGAAGCAGCAGAAGAAGAAGCUGGACAUGAAGCCCAUCGAACAGGGGAGCUCGACACAAAGUGCGCCAGGUGAUGAUGGUACAUUGGGUAACCACCACCAUCACACAUCCGAGGAGCAAAUCCAGGAGUGAGGAAAUUGAAGCUGGAUGUAAGAUUAGAUUUUGCUGUUUACUGAUGCAACCUUUGUUUUUACUGAGUGUUCUUUGUGUUGUUUUUCUUUAGCUCUGCCCAAGUUGUGAUAUCUAUAGGUUUAGGUUGAAUGAUAUGGGGCUGGGAAUAUGAUGCGUGCCCAUGUUUGUCAGGCUUGGGCAAAGAUAACUUUUUCUUCUCGCUGUGGCAGUUGUGAAUUGCGUGAAGCUGUUGCAUUGUUCGUUUGAAGAUGAUGAUUCGAUGAUGCCAUAUGCUGAUUUUAUUGCUUCGUGUUGAA